AUGUCGUGUUGGGAAGCUAACCCUAGAGACCUGUGCACUUGUCUGCGGGUGGGACUGGGCACUCUCAAGCUCUCGACCUGGGAAGAUGUUUACACAUCCAGCAGUCUUAACCAGAGCAAGAUCCCCUUCUCGUACAAUUCUGAAGACGGUUCAAAUCUCCGCAAGCUUGACACAACAAACUUCCCAGAGACCGCCACCUAUGCAGUUAACUUCGGUCCGGGAGGCUUGAGCGGCAUUGGCCCGCUCACGACGAAAGGUGUCGUCGAGAUGUAUGACGCUCAGAACGUGAAGCGAGAGGAAUGGUGGAGUAAGCGGUUCAUGCAUGGUUUGGUGAAGACAAGUGAUGGAUCCAUUGAUAUUGACACUCCUUUCUCUCAUCUCCUCGGCAAGCCCCCCAUUAUGGUGGCGGGAAUGACUCCGACCACAGUCAAGGCCAGCUUCGUGAGCACCAUUCUCGACGCCGGCUACCACGUGGAGCUUGCUGGUGGCGGGCACUACAAUGUUGCAGCUCUCCGUGUGAAGGUCGCUGAAAUCCAGCGUAAGAUCCCAGCGGGUGUCGGCCUGACUUUGAACUCACUCUACAUCAACCCUCGUCAAUUCGGCUUCCAGUUCCCGCUUUGGCAGGAGAUACGCCGCGAAGGCCUUCCCAUUGAAGGCUUUUGUGUCACUGCUGGUAUCCCCAGAUGGAGAAGGAAGCGGAGAUCAUCGAUGGCCUAUGGACUGCUGGCAUCAAGCACGUCUCUUUCAAGCCCGGUUCCGUUGACGGUAUCCACCAGGUCGUCAACAUUGCCGCCACGCAUCCCGACUUCCCAAUCAUUCUUCAGUGGACAGGUGGACGUGCCGGUGGACACCACUCGUGCGAGGACUUCCACCAGCCCAUCAUCUUGA